AGAGAAGUGUUCCAAGGGCGCGGACUCGGAAGUUGGAAGAUCUUCUGGAAGUCGCUCACCCUUUUUGUACCAAGUCCCAGAGUCUUUUGAUCAUUAAAGUGCGGAAGCAGCAAAGAAUCUACAGUAGGAGGUGGUAAAUCGCUAUCGCCCCUGCUCGGUUUGUGCUGAUCCUGCCUGAUCAGGGGCUGCCUGAUGUCCUCAGGCAUCAGGACUCUCAGGAAAGUGGAUUAACGCUAAGUGUUACUGUUGUGGGUGCGUUCCUUUCUCACCUGGUCUCACGUGCUAGCUAGCAAACAUUCAGGAGAGCAUUCCCGUCUGCCAGGUUACCAGGUAUUUGGCUUCCUCCUCUCCUGAUUUCUCCCUUCUUUACCUGCCUGGCUGUUAGGGAUCCACACCUACUGCAAGAACCCGUAUCUAGAAGAGGGAUGGAAAUCAGCUGUAUCAGCCUUUUUAGGAAUGUGAGUUUGGCAGGUGGAUAUAAUUAUUCUCAUAAAGUUUUGUGUUUAGUCACCUUUGCAUUCAAAAGGUGUGGCAUGUCUGCCAACAUAACGAAACUGCAAAUCUGAGCAGUUGUCACUGAAACAAAAGCUCUGGAAAGAGAAGAGAAUUGUUUUCCUUAAAAUAGAAGAUUAUGCAGAAGCACUUCAGUGUGAUGAAGAUGCCCCCUGCAUUUUUGUUGUUAUUAAAGGAAACCCACACCCACUAUUGAAAAAAAAAAAAAAAAAAAAAGGAAGCACUCUCUGCAUCUAUCUUAAUUAUUAGGUAUUACGAGCCCCGAGUGUAUGCCUUGCAAGCACACACAGAAAGAGAGAUCAAAGCUGCAGCGUAGAGCUCAGCCUGUGAAGACCGUGCCGAAACCCGGAGCUCCGGUACUCGCUUACGGAGGGCGUCAGGCAGACUGGCCCAACGCAGUGCACGGCGUAAACAGGGAGGCCGGAGCCGGGGCACGUCAAGAGGCUGCAGAGAGGGAAAGCAGCGUCUUCAGAGCCAGGUGGCUGGUUCGUAGCGGAUCCUGACUAGCGCCCCGGCUUCUCGAGCCCUGCUGCGUGGCCGCUGCGUCUCCUCGGUGAUGCCUGGAGGAGGUAUCCUGAGGGGAGCAGCAGAACGAGCCCCCCUGGGGCACAGCUGAGACUCGGAGAGCAAGAGGCCCUGGGCUGGGCUGGACCUGAGAGGCAGUUACGGACAAAUUCACAGAGAGCAUGUACGUCCUGGCCAACGAGCCGUCCGUGGCGCUGUACCGGCUGCAGGAGCAUGUGAGGAGAUCCCUUCCAGAGCUCGCGCAGCACAAGUCUGACAUGCAGAGCUGGGAGGAGCAGAGCCAAGGAGCGAUCUACACCGUGGAGUACGCCUGCAGUGCCAUAAAGAACAUGACCGACAGCAGCUUGUAUUUCAAGAGCAUUGACAGUCUGCUCAAACACGCCAUAGCCAUGAAGGAUCAGCUGAACUCUGCUCAGGGCCGCAGCACUGUUGCCCAACAAGGCAAGAAUCCUCCAGCCAGUUCCUGAUUUCGGACAACACUGGCCAUCCUCUGCCUUGUCCUCAGCCCAGCUCCAUGUACUCUAACCGCCUGGAGGAGGGAGAAACCUGCUCAAUCUGUGAAACUGCACAGAUGCCUCUGCCUGCCUCUCCGUUUCAAAUAUCACGGUGCAGUACCUGAGCAGGCAAAUCCUGCUGAUGGGGUCAGGCCUGCCUUCGGAGAUGUUUUAGGGAGCAGUUGUGUUUUUCUCUAGAGCGCUUUGCAAAAGGGAGAUGAGAUUGUUCUGCGUUUGUCCUGUCCUGUCUUUUGUUUUUUGUUUUUUUUCUGAUGGCAGACUGCUAUGAGGCAUUUUUAUGUCUACCUCUUGGUUACAGAAACCAAAUCUCAAAAAAACUAGGUCUUGCUUUCAGUAUGUUGUUGAGGACCAUGUAAAAAGAUGUGAAGUAGGCACACUUCAGCCUUGUUCAAGAGGCAUUCUGCAAGAAGAGCUUUUCAUGAGUUUGCCAGAAAGUUGCUGAGUUUGGUUUUAGUGAGAACAAUAAAAAGAAAAAACAAGAAAGUACUGUCUAAAGCUUUCCCCUCUUGCUCACUUAGGCUGGGGGGGAGGGUCUUGGAGCCUUCUGCCUCUGUGUGUUUCAAAGGGCUGGGAGCAAAACAGAGAUAGGCAGAUUUAGAACUUCUCAAAAGAAAAAUAAACUGUCCUGCUCUUCAAAAAUAGUAAUAAAAAAGGCAUUCUUCA